AUGUUUACAGAGGUUCUGUUAGCCCUGGUGGUGGGAGGAGUGAUCUACUUCCUGGUGCAGAGGAGUAAGAGGCAUCAGCUGAAGAGUGAGGAUGGCUGGUGGGGGGAGGGGACUCCCCCGGACAGGGAAGAAGAUGUCAGCAUUCGCCCCUACACAGUCCGGAUGGAUGACAAGGAGUUGGAGGUGAGAUGAGGAGAGGUAUUAUGGGCCUAGAGGAGGUCCGAACUUGCUCUUAGAUAGUUAAGGCUUAUGCAACAGUGUUUAGUUGAAGAUUAGUUGAACCUCAUACCCAAUGCUCCCCCCAGGACCUGUACAGGAGAAUAGACCAGACCCGAUCCUUCCCUUCUCUAGAGGACAGCCAGUUCAACUACGGCUUCAACUCCCACUAUCUGCAGAACGUGGUCUCCUACUGGAGACAUGAUUUUGACUGGAGGAGACAGGUGGAGAAACUGAACAAAUACCCACAUUACAAAACCAACAUCGAAGGUGAGAUGGUGUGUAGAGAUCAGUUAUGUGGUGAUCAGUUGUCAUUUAGAACAAGAUGAAACUGAACAAGCAGAUUUAUUGGCUGCCAGUAAAGACUACGUAACUUUAAGUCGACGUCAAACUUUGCAUAAAAAACAACAACAAUUUGAGUCACCAGGAAAUGACUUAUGGUUCAUUCAAGCAUCCUCUGAACCAUGUAUCAGGCAUUGACGUCCACUACGUCCAUGUGCGGUCCAAGAACCUCCCUGAGGGCGUGACUGCUGUGCCUCUGCUCAUGGUGCACGGCUGGCCAGGCUCUUUCUACGAGUUCUACAGGAUGAUACCCCUCCUGACUGAACCCUCCAACCCAGACGACAUUGUGUUUGAGGUGGUGUGUCCCUCCAUCCCUGGGUACGGCUUCUCUGAGGCUCCACAUAAGAAAGGUAAGUGGUUAGAAGCCUGGCUGGGUCAAGGGUCACAUACAGUGCAUUCGGAAAGUAUUCAGACCUCUUGACUUUUUCCACAUUUUGUUACGGUACAGCCUUAUUCUAAAAUAUAUUACAUUAUUUGUUUUCCUCAUCAGUCUACACACAAUACCCCACAAUGACAAAGCGAAAACAGGUUUUUAGAAAUGUUAGCAAAUUUAUCAAAUAAAAUAAACAGAAAUACCAUAUUUACGUAAGUAUUCAGACCCUUUGCUAUGAGACUUGAAAUUGAGCUCAGGUGCAUCCUGUUUCCAUUGAUCAUCCUUGAGAUGUUUCUACAACUUGAUUGGAGUCCAUCUGUGGUUAAUUCAAUUGAUUGGACAUGAUUUGGAAAGGCACACACCUGUCUAUAUAAGGUCCCACAGUUGACAGUGCAUGUCAGAGCAAAAACCAAGCCAAGAGGUCGAAGGAAUUGUCCGUAGAGCUCCGAGACAGGGUUGUGUCGAGGCACAGAUCUGGGGAAGGGUACCAAAAAAUGUCUGCAGCAUUGAAGGUCCCCAAUAAUACAGUGGCCUCCAUCAUUCUUAAAUGGAAGAAGUUUGGAACCACCAAGACUCUUCCUAGAGCUGGCCACCCGGCCAAACUGAGCAAUCGGGGGAGAAAGGCCUUGGUCAGGGAGGUGACCAAGAACCUGAUGAUCACUCUGACAGCGCUCCAGUGUUCCUCUGUGGAGAUGGUUGUCCUUCUGGAAGGUUCUCCCAUCUCUGCAGCAGGGACUGGGAGACUAGUCAGGAUCGUAGGAAAGAUGAAGGGAGCAAAGUACAGAAAUAUCCUUGAUGAAAACCUGCUCCAGAACACUCAGCACCUCAGACUGGGGUGAAGGUUCACCUUCCAACAGGAAAACGACCCGAAGCACACAGCCAAGACAACGCAGGAGUGGUUUCGGGACAAGUCUCAGAAUGUCCUUGAGUGGCCCAGCCAGAGCCCGGACUUGAACCCGAUCAAACAUCUCUGGAGAGACCUGAAAAUAGCUGUGCAGCGACGCUCCCCCAUCCAACCUGACAGAGCUUGAGAGGAUCUGCAGAGAAGAAUGGGAGAAACUCCCCAAAUACACAUGUGCCAAGCUUGUAGCGUCAUACCCAAGAAGACUCGAGGCUGUAAUUGCUGCCAAAGGUGUUUCAACAAAAUACUGAGUAAAGGGUCUGAAUACUUAUGUAAAUGUAAUAUUUCAGUUUUAGAUUUGUUAUACAUUUCUAAAAAUGUCUAAAAACCAGUUUUUACUUUGUCAUUAUGGGGUAUUGUGUGUAGAUUGAUGAGGGGAACAUUUUUUAAAUCAAUUUUAGAAUAAGGCUGUAACGUAACAAAAUGUGGAACAAGUCAAGGGGUCUGAAUACUUUCCAAAUGCACUGUAAAUGCCUAGCCCAUUGAAUCUAACAAAGCGUGACUGCAAGAUGAACUUUAUAUUAGGUGACUUUAUUCGUUUUUUCCUAAUGAAUGAUUCUGUUUAUGUUUCAGGUUUUGACUCUGUGUGUGCGGCCCGUGUGUUCCACAAGCUGAUGAAGAGACUGGGUUUCCAACAGUUCUAUGCUCACGGAGGAGACUGGGGAUGGAUCAUCACCACCAACAUGGCCCAGCUGGAGCCCAAGUAAGACAGACAGACACACAGAGAUAUGGCCAGAUCUUAGCCUAGGCCAUGGGAGACAUAGACAAUAUUAUGUUUGGUCCCUCAUUAAGGGUAUUUAGAAUGCAUUAUCAUGUUUUAUGAGUUACAGUGCCUCCAGAAAGUAUUCACACCACUUUCCAUAUUUUGUUGUGUUACAGCCUGAAUUUAAAAUGGAUGAAAUUGAGAUUUAGUGUCCCACACACAAUACCCCAUAAUGUUAAAUUGGAAUUUUGUUUGUAGAAAAUGUUCAAAAUUAAUCAAAAAUAAAAAGCUGAAAUGUCUUGUCAAUAAGUAUUCAACCCCUUUGUUAUGGCAAAUAAUUUCAGGAGUAAAAAUGUGCUUAACAAAUCACAUGAGUUUCAUGGACUCAUUCGGCGUUCAAUAAUAGUGGUUAACAUAAUUUUUUUAAAUGACUAACCCAUCUCUGUACCCUACACAUACAAUUAACUGUAAGGUCUCUCAAUUACGUAGUGAAUUUCAAGCACAAAUUCAACCACAAAAUCAUGGAUAUUUUUCAAUCACCCGCAAAAAAAGGCACGGAUUGGUAGAUGUGUAAAAAAAAAAAAAAAAAGCAGACACUGAAUAUCUCUGAGCAUGGUUAAAUUAUUAAUUAGGCUUUGGAUCACUACAAAGAAACAGGCGUCCUUCCUAACUCAGUUGCCGGAGAGGAAGGAAACUGCUCAGGGAUUUCAACAUGAGGCCAAUGGUGAUUUUAAAACAGUUACAGAGUUUAAUGGUUGUGAUAUGAGAACUGAGGAUGGAUCAACAGCAUUGUAGCUACUACACAAUACUAACCUAAAUGACAGCGUGAAAAGAAGGAAGCCGAUUAUAGAAUACAAAUAUUCCAAAACAUGCAUCCUGUUUGCAACAAGGCACUUAAGUAAUACUGCAAAAAAUGUGGCAAAGAAAUUAAACUUUUUGUCCUGACUACAAAUUGUUAUGUUUGGUGCAAAUGCAACACAACACAUCACUGAGUACCACUCUUCAUAUUUUCAAGCAUAGUGGUGGCAGCAUCAUGUUAUGGAUAUGCUUGUCAUCGGCAAGGACUAGGGAGUUUUUUUUGGGUUAAAAAGAAACGGAAUAUGGCUAUGCACCGGCAAAAUCCUAGAGGAAAACCUGGUUCUGUCUUCUUUCUAACAGACACUGGGAGACAAUUCACCUUUCAGCAGGACAAUAACUACAUUAGAGUUGCUUACCAAGACGACAUUGAAUUUUCCUGAGUGGUCUAGUUACAGUUUUGACUUAAAUCUGCUUGAAAAAUCUAUGGCAAGACUUGAAAAUGGCUUUUUAGCAAUGAUCAAGAAACAACGUGACAGAGGUUGAAUAAUUUUUUUAAGAAUCAUGGGCAAAUAUUGUACAAUCCAGGUGUGCAAAGCUUUUAGAGACUUACCCCAAAAUACUCACAGCUGUAAUCAUUGCCAAUUGUGUUUCUAACAUUUAUUGUCUCGGGGGGUGAAUACUUUUAUUUUUCAUAAAUGUUAGAAUUUUUCUUCCACUUUGACAAUAGAGUAUUUUGUGUAGAUCGUUGACCAAAAAUGACAAUUAAAUCCAUUUUAAUCCCACUUUGUGACACAACAAAAUGUGGAAAAAGUCAAGGGGUGUGAAUACUUUCUGAAGCGUAAAUCUGUGAAUGAUAUGAAGUCAGGAAGCCUCGCAGUUUGACUCGGAUUCUACUUUGCUCUUUGGUUUUGUCGCCCCAGAAUAAUCAAAGGCUUGCAUCUCAACUUUGCUCCCCCCUCCAAGCCGGGCCUGCCCAUGGUUCUGUCUAUAAUGCUGGGCCGCUGUUUCCCCAAGAUGUUUGGCUUCAAUGAGCAUGACAUCCAGCGCAUCUACCCCGUUGUGCAGAACCUAGUGGUGGAGUCUGUCAAGGAGUCAGGAUACAUGCACAUCCAGGCCACCAAGCCUGACACUGUGGGUAAGAGAUGGAAGGGGAAGUUUUGAAGGGGAAGCGUUCGGGGCUACACACCGCUUUAACUGCUGCUUCUGUAUAGACCAGGACCAGGAAUAAGAGACUGUGCUGUAACAUAUAUCUGGUUCUGUAUGUGUCUGCUCUCUUCCUGUAGGUCGAGGGUUGAAUGAUUCUCCAGUGGGUCUUGCUGCUUAUAUCUUGGAGAAGUUCUCCACCUGGACUGACCAUGACUUCAGGAACCUGGAUGAUGGAGGACUUACGGGUAGAACGUCUUAAACCUGAACCACAGCCUUUGGUGUAAAAUAGUAUAGUAUUCAAAGGCUUCUUUGUCAAAUUACCAUGUCCAUGUUUAUGGCUUUUGUUUUUUAGCACCUCUCUUGCCUUGCAGGAAGUUCAGUCUGGAUGACCUGCUGACCAACGUGAUGAUCUACUGGACAUCUGGCUGGAUCAUCUCCUCCAUGCGCUUCUACAAGGAGAACUUUAGCAAGGGUCUUGACCAGCCACAUUCAAAGUGAGAGGACUGUUGCUAUGUAAUAUCUACUGUAUGUGCUGUAAUAUCUACUGUAUGUUUGUGAUGUAAUAGUCUAGCUAGCAUGAGGCACUCCACAUUCAGAACAUAAAGGACUUUGUCCUGGUAAGUCAUGCUGUUAAAGUAGAAAGGACUCAAACAGAUGUUAUGUUUCAGUAAACUAAUACACUUCUUCGUUCCCUCUCUACCCAGCAUGCCAGUACACGUGCCCACUGGUUUUGCAUGCUUCCCCAACGAGCUGAUGCACACCCCCAAGCUGUGGGUGCAGCAGAUGUACCGCAAGCUGAAGACCUUUACACCCAUGGCCCAAGGAGGACACUUCGCUGCCAUGGAGGAGCCAGAACUCAUGGCCCAGGACAUCCAGAACUUCACCAAGACACAGGAGAAGAGGAAGAAGUGA